AAUUUAAUUGUUUUUUUUGUUGUUGUAAAAAAUAGUACUAUAUAUAUAUACAGUAAAUCUUUAUAUAAAAAUAUAUCAUCAAAAUAUAUUACUACUAUAUAACUAUAUAACUAACAGAUAGUUUAUAAAUAGUAAUUAUAAUCACAACAUCAUACAUACAUACAUAUAAUAAUAAUAAUAAUAAUAAAAAUGGUAUAUCCUAUCAACUAUCUACCUGUGCUAUCAUUGCUGCCAAUCCUAUUGAUAGCCAUACAAUCACAAUCGGGGCCCCUACUAGUAGGUGCCGAAAAUUUUCUCGACUCCAUCUACAAGGAGGUGCCGCGACCGGCGGUCGGCGAAAUUGUUGACAACGACGAUGACGGCCGACAACAAGGCGCCAGUACUACCACAACGGCCAGGACUACGACACCCGGUGGUGGUGGUGGUGGUGGUGACGAUGAGGAUAAGCCGUUGAAAGCAUCGAUGGACGACUUGGAGGACAAACCGCUGAAGUCGGCUCCGCCGCCGCCACCAGCAUCUGCUGGUGUGACCACUACUAGUCCGGCGGCGUCGGGAAAGACCGGUGCAGUCAAAGAUAAACUGAAAAACAGGAAAGAAUUGGAAAGUGCGGUAAAAGAUGGCGAAAAUAAGGCCAAAGAAGAACUGAAAGCCAGAGGCGGUCCCGAACCGUUUGGCGGGUUUCUGGUCAAACUGGGCGGUAUGUACGAUGACAGCGGUAAUAAAACUGCCGGCAGUAAGGCCAGGCCCAAUGCACUGGCCACUAAGACCGGCGAUAAAAAGGAUAAGGUCGGCGCCAAAGAUGAUGACAAAGAUGUCGUACUAAAAGAGUCCAAACCUGACGACAACAACGACAAGAAAAAAGCGGACAAAAAGGACGACAAGAAAAAAGCGGACAAAAAGGACGACAAGAAAAAAACUGAUAACAAAAAGGACGACUCAAAGAAAGCUGAUCCGAAAAAAUCCGGUGGAAAGUCGUCGUCGUCGUCGUCGUCGUCGUCGACGUCGACGACCACCAAAAAAUCGGCGACAACGCCAAAGGUGACCACCACUACCACUCCCGAUAGCGAUGAUCCCGAUCCGGCCACUGCUCCGUCUAAAUAAUACCAUUAAUAAUAAUAAUAAUAAUAAUAAUA